GUGAGUGCUAUGAGUCUAAGACCUUCCAGAGGCGGCUUCGUACCUUCAGGAAAACCCAAAGCUCCCCUCAUUGUUUUGCUCUGUUUCCUCCGCCGCUUUCAAAACAAGUCCACAUUCUGAGGAAAACCCAUUUUCCGUCGCAAGAAAAUGGCUGAUAACACUGAAAUCGAGAGCAGUAAAGAAGACCCCAAAACACCCAGAAACCUGUUCUCUCUGUUCCCCAAAUUCAAGCUUGAAUUCCCAUUUCUGAAGCCAGGACCGAAGGCAGAGGUUGGUGUCAAAGAGGAAGUGAAGAGAGAAAUAGUGGUUGGUGGGAAUGAAGGCGAAGAAGGUAUGGUUGAGAAGCCCGACGUGGUGAAGUUUGCGGAGAGGAAAGCGUUUGCUCCACCCCCUUUGGUUGUUGAGGCCGAAGAGUCUUCUGCCAAGACUUCUAAUCCUGUUAUUCUCUGGCAGGUUUAUGCUCUUGGAGGGUUCCUUGUAUUGAGGUGGAUGUGGGCAAGGUGGCAAGAGAGGACCAAGAAGGGACCUUCUGACAAUGAGAAUGAUGAACCUUCAGAUGUUGAAUAGGUUUAUCAUUUUCUUAUGUUAAUCCUCAGGGCGUGGAAAAUAUUGGAAAAGUAAUUCUAAUAUUUGGGUGUUUUUUUUUUUUGUUUUUUUUUUUUUCACUGCCUGAAUGUACAAAUUAAUCAGGUUACUUAAUUAGCAAGUAAUUGUUUUUAACUCUUACAGGGUGUCACGUUUUGUAUCUCCUGAAAUCAUAAACUUGUUAUCUCCUUUUAAUGUGUUUUCCAAUCACACGGUUGUAAACAAUAUCCUCACCAUGCCUGUACUGAGUAAAAGUAGAGUUAUGCUUCA